AUGGACUCUGCGAGUCGGCCUGCAUUUGAAGGGCUUCCCACGGCGAUUCCCAACGAUACCAACUUCCAAAACACCCCAACUUCAGCCACUUUGGCCCAGCCUAACACCCAAGACGUAAUGGACAUCAUUCCUGACGUGCCGCGUCCGACAUAUCAUCAAGAAGUCCCUACGGUCGCGAGUCUGUCUGGGGCUCCAAACACCUUCUCAGCCAAUGCUGCCUCAAACCAAACAGAUUCUUUCACCCCACAGCAAACACCCCCGAGAACCUACUUCUCAUACUUGAGCAAUGGCGUCAUAACAAUGCCCCGUUACACGCCGAACCAGUACUACGGGGAGCCGAGCAACAUCGGUCAUCAACUGGAUUAUAUUCCUGGUGGAGAUCGAGGUCGCUCAUUCGCGUACCCUCAUACACGAACUCUCUCACUUCCACAGAAUCAACACAGCGGCCUUCCUGCCUACCCCCAGCGAGACCCGCGUUCAAGCAACACCCGACCAGCAAUGUCCAUGACACCGCCGGAAUCAGUGUCUGCCAUCUCACCGAACGACGCGUCACCGAACAACGCCGAUUCGACAUCAUCCACUACAGUGGUUCCGCCAACACUUCGACCUCGAGGUUACGUGCCCCCGUCAGCGAGGACCCAGCAAGGAACACAGCACCCAGCCCAUACUGCUGCUUCUCCAGGGCCAACGUCGUCAAGUUAUCAUCAGCAGUCGCAAGCUCAACAACAUUCGCAUGCAUCUGGUCCAUUCUCUCAUAUGCCGCCCUAUCUUGAGGAACAUGACAAUGGCGCCUAUAGUGCUUCACUAGCUACAACGCCUGCCCAGUCAUCGUUGGCCAACUUUGUAGCAACUGGCACGCCGUCUUCACGCUCGAUGAAUGCGGGCACCCCCAGAUAUGGGCGCCCUCUUCCGCAGCGGCUAGAGCUUGCUCGGCGAGCACAUUUCCACGCCCAUCCACACAACCAGCAGGCUGCGCAGGCCAUCGUGGAGGCUCAUAUGCAGCUGCAGCGCCAGCGCUUGCUCCGUCAGCGCCAGGGGCUUGGUACCAACCCCACGAAGCCAUCCGCAAGUCUUGACAAUGCGAAAGACGGCCGCCCCGAACCAAAAGAGGCGCACGAAAUGCGAGUAUCACUCGAAUGCAAGGUUUGCUUCACCCAACUCGUUGAUACGGUACUGCUUCCUUGCGGCCAUGCUGUCCUCUGUCGAUGGUGUGCCGAGAUCCAAAUUCCAAGCAGCGUCCUGGAACGAGGUGUGCUUGGGGAUGACGUGUUACAUAACCCUACGGUAGCCAAUACGAUGAGUGACGGAAAUGCUGGCCAGGACUCCCUACUGGUUUCAUAUCAUGAUCGAGCUUCUUCUGCAACAGCCCUACUAGAGCCCGUCAACCCGGACACCUAUCCGAAUUCUUCCUCCCACCCCAAGAAGCCACUACCACCGUUGGUGUCAGAUGCUGGCUCCCCUGCCGGAUCCUCUACUACCAAUCGAGCGUUUCACUCUGCCAGUGCCUCAUUUUCGCACAAGAGAGGCGACUCAGGGGGCGCCAUCCCGGAUGAUUUUGCCUCGGAUGGCGUGAGUGAGCAAGCGGCCGACCUUGCUUCCUCCAACGUGCCGAACGGGUGUCGUCAAGCAUGGCAGGAGCAAUGGAGGCGGUCUGACACCGAGUUAGUCCGCUCAUCAAGCCGCGCAGUAGCUGAAAGUCGAAUGGGGCAGGCUAGUCCGGCUGACAGUAAUUCCCGCCUUCCUAGAGAUGCCGCCCCCACGGCGGACGACAUAGGCGAAAGUAAUGGCGGCUCAUCCCCGCUUCAUUCGCAAGCAUUUCGCUCCAGUCCCAUUAUGAAUGCCGGCCGUCCGCCAAUGAACCCAAGCGCCAAUCCAGACGAGAUGGCCUCCCUCUCCGAAGUGUCACGGGAGUCUGCGGAAGAUCUGAGCUAUGGCCAAGAGUCCGCGAGACAAUUGAGCAAUGCUCAUAGUCCCGCCGGCGCGGUCACGGGGACAUCCGGAGAAGAAAGACUGAUUCAGGAUGUUCGAGGAAUCUAUGCCGGGUUGAUGAUGGCGGAAAAUAGAUGCGAGGUGUUGCACAAGCAGGCCCAAGAAUGGCCCACGAUGACGCACGCUCAAUAUCAAAGCUUGGUUGGAACCCACGGAACUAUACUGCAAGAGUAUCACGAUUUCUUCCUUUGCUCCCAACAUCCUGUCGCGAGCCCUGUGCUCAAACGCCUAGCGGAGAAAUAUGCCAUGCCUGCACGACUAUGGCGCCACGGAAUCCAUUCGUUGCUGGAAUUGCUGCGCCAUCGGCUUCCUGAAUCCUUGGAGCACAUGCUAGCCUUCAUCUACUACGCUUAUUCCAUGCUCACACUGAUGCUCGAAUCGGUGCCCGCCUUUCAAGAUACCUGGAUUGAGUGUCUGGGAGAUCUCUCGCGCUACCGGAUGGCCGUGGAGGAAUCCGACCUUCGCGAACGUGAAUCCUGGGCGGGCGUGGCACGAUACUGGUACAACCAGGCUGCAGACCGGAACCCGAGUGUGGGCAGAAUCCAGCAUCAUCUGGCGGUUUUGGCCCGACCGGAUAUCAUCCAGCAAUUGUUUUAUUAUACGAGAUCUCUGGUCAGUGUUCAGCCGUUCGCGGGCACACGGGAGAGUAUUUUUCUCCUCUUCAAUCCAUUCCUAAGAGGUCCCCGAGCACUUGGUCGUCUGCCACUAGUAAGCGCUUUUGUGACCGCACAUGGCUACUUGUACACUAGAGACGUCGGAGAUCGCUUUAUUAAGUCGAUCGACACAUUUGCAUCGCUUCUGAACCAGACUAUAAGCCAAUUGGGGGCUGCAUUCAGGCUACAAGGGUUCUUCAUUUGCGCUUGUAAUAUUUCCGCCAUGCUAGAAUAUGGCAGCCCCGACGCUUACCUGGGCCUCGAGUUCCAGGAGGCGGAGCAGUCGCAAGUAGAGUCACUAGAAGAGGUCUACGACUCUGCUGCCAACGCCUGGAUUCCUGUCAAUGACCUCGAGGCCGUGCAAGCAGAGUUUUUAGCAUCUCGGGACUCCCCAAAUCCAUCGCCUCUGCUCUUUUACGGGUCCUACCUCGCUUACCACACUUUGUCCGUGAUGCUCGAACAAGUCAAUCAGGUCCCUGACAGGAACAUAUACGCAGCAUGCCAUGUCUCUCUAGCAUUCCUCUGGUGCUUGUCACUUACACCGCGAGGUAUGAACCGCCUGGAAGUUGCAGUACCGUGGAGAAAACUUGUGUCCUUUCUCAAUACUCUGUUUCGCAGCUACAUCAGGCCCGAGAUCGCCGAGAGGGAAGACUUUCCCGUCUCGGAAGAGACCACCUGGGUAGCGGAAGACUUCCUUAUCCGUGGCCAGAUCUGGAGCCAACGUCUCUAUCCUGCAUCUUUCUUCGACAACGCACCUACUGCCGGCGAGGGCAGGAACAUUGAGCCGCCGUCACGGGAUAUCACCAGGAUGUACAGGUGCAUAUGGCUGGGAAUCAGGCUUGCCAAGUUUGGACGUUGGAUCACAUAUGACCCCAACGAGCGGAAGUUCUCUGCUACCCCAUUCGCCCUGGAGCUUGAGACUAUUGCCGAAGAACACAACCCCUUUUCCACGCCGAGUGAGGCCAGUCAGGAUAGUGCAGGCAACGACGCGCGCGAAACAUGA